GCUCCGCCCCGAAGGCGGUGCCAGUCGGCAGCGGCGCGACGCUGCGCAGCACGUGUACGAGCCCGGUCGCUGUGAGUCUGCUCUGGGGCUGCCGGGCCCGGGAACAGAACGCGCUGCCUAUGCCAGGCCGCUCUCGCAGCUGGCUCUUCCGAGUGACCCUCGCCGCCACCGCCCUCCUGCGCCCCGAGCAGCGCGCCCGUCUCCUCGCCUCCCGGCCCGCGCCGCGCCUGCGCUCUCAGGCCCCGGGUUCUCUUAAAUGUUUUCUUGGAUCCUUGAAAAUGGAGAUGACAGGAAUUACUGGCAUGUCACUGAAACGGGGGUCCGUUGCUGUUGAAGAUAAUGACAGCGUGGCUCCCGCUGAGGAGGCAAAGAGACAGAAGGUCUCAGAAUGCUGUCCACCCAACAGUCAAGAUGGGCUGGACAACAACUGUCUACCCAGCAGUGGAAAGGUGCCAGGGCCACCUGGAGCUGCAGGUGCUGGAGAGGGCAGAAAGAGUUCUGACACUCAGUCAGAAGAAGAGGAAGAAGAGGAGGAAGAUGGCCUUUCAGAGGAGGGUGAGGAGGAGGAGGAAGCUGAGAGCUUUGCAGACAUGAUGAAACACGGGCUCACGGAGCUGGAUGUGGGUAUCACCAAGUUUGUAAGUUCUCACCAAGGGUUCUCAGGAAUCUUAAAAGAAAGAUACUCUGACUUCGUGGUUCAUGAAAUAGGAAAAGAUGGACGAAUCAGCCAUUUGAAUGACUUGUCUGUGCCAGUGGAUGAAGAGGAUCCUUCAGAAGAUGUAUUUACGGUUUUAACAGCUGAAGAAAAGUGCCGUUUAGAAGAGCUCCAGCUUUUUAAAAAUAAGGAAACCAGUGUUGCCAUUGAGGUUAUUGAGGACACCAAAGAGAAAAGAACCAUCAUCCAUCAAGCGAUUAAAUCCCUGUUUCCAGGAUUAGAGACAAAAACAGAAGAUAGAGAGGGGAAGAAAUACAUCGUAGCCUAUCAUGCUGCGGGAAAAAAGGCUCUGGCAAAUCCAAGAAAACAUUCUUGGCCAAAGUCUAGGGGAAGUUACUGCCACUUCGUACUGUACAAGGAAAACAAAGACACCAUGGAUGCUAUUAAUGUACUGUCCAAAUAUUUAAGAGUUAAGCCAAACAUAUUCUCCUACAUGGGAACCAAGGAUAAAAGGGCCAUAACCGUUCAAGAGAUUGCUGUUCUCAAAAUAACUGCACAAAGACUCGCCCACUUGAACAAGUGCUUGAUGAACUUUAAGCUGGGGAAUUUCAGCUAUCAGAAAAACCCUCUGAAGUUGGGAGAGCUUCAGGGGAAUCACUUCACUGUUGUUCUCAGAAACAUAACAGGAACUGAUGACCAAGUACAGCAAGCCAUGAACUCUCUCAAGGAGAUUGGAUUUAUUAACUAUUACGGAAUGCAAAGGUUUGGAACUACCGCUGUCCCCACGUAUCAAGUUGGAAGAGCUAUACUACAAAAUUCUUGGGCCGAAGUCAUGGAUUUAAUAUUGAAACCCCGCUCUGGAGCUGAAAAGGGGUACUUGGUCAAAUGCAGGGAGGAAUGGGCGAAGACCAAAGACCCAGCCGCUGCCCUCCGAAAACUGCCUGUCAAAAGGUGUGUGGAAGGGCAGCUGCUCCGAGGACUUUCAAAGUACGGAAUGAAGAACAUAGUCUCUGCAUUCGGCAUAAUACCAAGAAAUAACCGCUUAAUGUACAUUCAUAGCUAUCAGAGCUAUGUGUGGAACAACAUGGUAAGCCAGAGGAUAGAGGAGUACGGACUGAAGCCUGUCCCAGGGGACCUUGUUCUCAAAGGAGCCACAGCCACCUAUAUUGAGGAAGAAGAUGUUAAUAAUUACUCCAUCCAUGAUGUGGUAAUGCCCUUGCCUGGUUUUGAUGUUAUCUACCCCAAGCAUAAAAUUAGCGAAGCCUACAGGGAAAUGCUCACAGCAGACAACCUUGAUAUUGACAACAUGAGACACAAAAUUCGGGAUUAUUCCUUAUCAGGAGCCUACCGGAAGAUCAUUAUUCGUCCUCAGAAUGUCAGCUGGGAAGUUGUUGCAUAUGAUGAUCCUAAAAUUCCACUCUUCAACACAGAUGUGGACAACCUGGAAGGGAAACCACCACCGGUUUUUGCUUCUGAAGGCAAAUACAGAGCUCUGAAGAUGGAGUUUUCUCUUCCUCCUUCUACUUAUGCGACCAUGGCCAUUCGCGAAGUGCUAAAAAUGGAUACCAGCAUCAAGAAGCAGACCCAGCUGAAUACCACCUGGCUCCGCUGAGGCCUUUGUCCCCAGAUUAGAAAAUGCAGACACGUGUUUGCUGGCUUCCUGUUCAUUUUCCUCUUAGUACAGACCCAUCUGUGGAUUUUGGAUCUUUGUAGUGAGAGACUUCGUAUUUUUUCAAGUUUUUUUUAGCUUAAUUUGCAAUAUUUGUACAUGUAUACAAAUCUUGAGGAUCCUGAUUCUAGCUCAGAGAAUAUAGAUUGGUUAGAUAUAUUUCAGGUGCUUGAAUCAGCUUUACUGGCUUUAUAAUAAUUUUAAAGGACUUUGAUUUAAAGUAGCAGUUUUCAGUUUUGCUACAUCCUUGAAGGACAACAGGAAAUUUUAAUACAUCCAUGAAUGGAGUACACCACAGUGCAUUUUAAGAGGAAAUGCAAAGAGUGAUACCCCACCAACCUAUGAAUAGAAAUACAGUAAUCAUGCUUACUCAAAUGAUGAUAAAACAUCUAAAGGUUUAUGAACACAAAAGUGAUUGUCAUUAUCCAGCUCAUGUACCAGGUUCAGGUAAGUGUUCAUAGGCUUUUCAGUUGCAACAGCUUUUGCAUUUAUUAUUAUCAUUGCCUUGCAGGACAGUUGCAUCAAUAGGGCUCUUUUCUUGAUGUAAACGUGCAGCUAUUUUGUUACUUAAGGUCUAAUUUUUACUAUAGGUGCCUUUUAUGUUCAGAACUCUUUCCACUGGCCUGGUAUUUGCCCAACAGUAAAUGAUAGCAGAUAAGAAAGCUUUUGAAACAUAAAGAAGGGCUCCUCCUAUCAGCUGCAGUACCCUUUGUUACCCCAGCGUAGGUAUUGCCAGUUCUGGCCACGCAUAAAACUUUUCUCUGGUGUAAGAGCAUAAAUCUGCCUUUCCAAGGGUGUGUGACAUAAUUGUACCAAGUUUUAUUUUCUACCAUUUCUAGAACCAAAUAUAAUAAAUAUUUUUUAAAACUC